AUGACACCUUUGCACUUUGCAGCACGGAAAGGCUCUGCAGAAGUUGUGCGCCUUUUGCUCGAAGCCAAAGCGGACAAAGACAAAGCAACUCUCAACGUUGGCACCACACCCAUGCACCUUGCGGCUGCCGGGGGUCACUCUGAGGUGGUGCGAGUUUUGGUGGAGUUCGGCGCCAACAUGAACGUCAGGACAUCAGAGGGGAAAGGAAUGACCCCGAUGCUAAUGGCAGCACAAGAGGGACGCCUGGAAAUUGUACGCCUUCUGCUCGAGCAGAAAGCUGAAAAGAACCUGGGCACCGUCACUCGCGGGGUAACAGCUUUGCACUUUGCGGUGCAGAACGGCAGCUUGGAGCUCGUGCGGGUCUUGUUGGACCACUGCGUUGACACAGACAAAGCGAGCAAAGACAAUGGCGCAACUGCGCUGCACGUUGCUGUCUACAAAGGCGAUUUGAAGACAGUACGGCUUCUCGUGGAAAGGGGAGCAAGUCACAUGAUGAGCAGAGAUGGGAUGACACCAAUUCUGUUGGCAGUUGAGCAAGGCCAUUUGGAGAUCGUGCGCUUCUUUCUUCAGAAUGACGAAAUUGGAACUGAACACUUGGAGGAUGAGGAGUUGUUUGGUGGCCUACUUCACAAGGCGUCUCAGAAGGAACACUUUCAGAUAGCACGGCUGCUGUUGGACCUCGGGGCAGAGAGGGCUGGAAUGGGAUUGACACCGCUGCACGUCGCAGUCCACUUUGACUGCCCGGAGCUCGUAAGCUGCUUGAUGGAUGGCGAGAGCAGAACCAAGAACGGAUCUUCCGCACUUCGUCUGGCAGUUGAGAUGGGCCAUGAGGAUGUGGUGAGUGUCUUGCUGUCACAUGGUGUGGAGAUCGACAAAGCGAGAGAAAGGAGAGGCUUGACGUCUUUGCACGUAGCCGCUCAGCGCGGUGAUGUGAACAUCGCUCGCUCCCUGCUGUCUGCUGAAGCAAACGUCAACUGCGUCAAUGAGAAAGGUUGGAUGCCCUUGCACUUCGCCGCUCUAUAUGGCAAUCUCCAGGUUGUCGAGUUGCUCCUGGUGCAGCGAGCGGAUCAGGGCCAAGGCCAAGGUGCUGGAACCACACCUUUGGCCUUGGCAAAAUCCAAGGGCCACAUGGACGUUGUGCAACUGCUAGCACCGCGCGGCUAUGGCUACGGGAAGGGAUGGACGCGAGGAAAGUCCAACGGCUAUGGUGGCAAAGGGAAGGGCAAGAAAGGGAAAGGCGAUGCAGCAGUCAGACUGCGGCAAUUCUACGGGUGCCACGAGUACUGA